CACUGUACUAUUACUUGCACUUUGCGAACGAACUGUCAAAACGUAUCAGCUUUGUGUUUUUUGUUGUUGCUGCCGAACUGAAAAAUUUCGAAAGAGUGACUAGAACUCUGUAAUUUAAAGACUCGAGUAUUGAACAAGUUUAGAGCCCUUCCCGCAUUAUGGACCGAUUGCUACGUCUAGGCGGCGCCUUGCCUCAAGCCGCUCCCCCCACAGAUGCCCCCGUUGUGGAUACCGCCGAACAGGUUUACAUUUCCUCAUUGGCCCUGCUGAAAAUGCUGAAGCACGGUCGAGCCGGUGUACCCAUGGAGGUGAUGGGUCUGAUGUUGGGUGAAUUCGUGGACGAUUACACUGUCCAGGUCAUCGAUGUCUUUGCCAUGCCACAGACAGGAACAGGCGUCAGUGUAGAGGCUGUGGAUCCAGUAUUUCAGGCCAAGAUGUUGGACAUGCUAAAGCAGACAGGUCGACCCGAAAUGGUUGUCGGCUGGUAUCACUCUCAUCCUGGUUUCGGAUGCUGGUUAUCCGGAGUGGAUAUCAAUACUCAGCAAUCAUUCGAAGCGCUCUCCGAACGGGCAGUGGCCGUUGUCGUUGAUCCCAUACAGUCAGUCAAGGGUAAGGUGGUGAUUGAUGCCUUCCGGUUAAUCAAUCCCAAUAUGCUGGUCCUGGGACAGGAGCCUCGUCAGACCACCUCGAAUUUAGGCCAUUUGCAAAAGCCUUCAGUGCAGGCUUUAAUCCACGGUCUUAACCGCCACUAUUACUCGAUCAGCAUCAACUAUCGCAAAAAUGAAUUGGAGCAAAAGAUGCUUCUGAAUUUGCACAAAAAGUCCUGGAAGGAUGGCCUCACACUCUCCGACUACAAUGAGCAUUGUGCGAUCAAUGAGAACACAGUGGCCGAGAUGCUCGAUUUGGCCAAAAACUAUAACAAAUCGCUCGAGGAUGAGGAGAAAAUGACACCAGAGCAAUUGGCCAUCAAGAAUGUGGGCAAGCAGGAUCCCAAGCGACAUCUCGAGGAGAAGGUGGACAAAGUUAUGCAGAAUAAUAUUGUUCAAUGCUUAGGCGCCAUGUUGGAUACCAUAGUCUUUAAAUGAGAAAUAAAUUUCUUAAAUGCAUUUGUAUAUCCUGUACCUCCCGAUCCCGCAAAUCAUCUCCUUACCCAUUCUUUAAGCUAUUAUCCCACAUACGGAAGAUAAUAAACUAAUUUUUAUUUAAAAAAUAUUGGAAA